AUGACAACACAUACAAUAAUGUCGUUUGAUAGUCACCAUACUAUAUAUAAUAAUCGAACUUAUGUUCAUACAACAUAUUCAUCGACUACAAAUCAAGCAUUUCAUUCUUAUCUACCAACAUUACCGAUACCAUCAAUUAAUAUAUGUGAAAAUCUUUUAUAUGGAUCAAAAAUAGAUGACGAUGUUGGAUCAGCUACAUCAUCAUCAUAUAUUCAUAGUCAUGAAAAUUAUGAUAACCCAUAUGCACAUACAUACGAUAACCCAAUAGAAUGUCUUGAAAAUUAUAAUAUAAAACAAAGUUUAAUUAAUCUUGCACAUGAUAAUGAAAAUUUGUAUGAUAAUGCACAAAAUGAAGAAAUUGAUAAUAAAGAAAAACAUUAUUCAUCAAAUACUUCUCAUAGUACAUCACCUAUACUUUUCUAUUUUGAAAAUAAAAGCUUAGCUUUAUAUGCAUGUAUUAUUUCGCUACUUCUAUUGUUAAUUAUUGGUUUCGGAAUUUUUCUAUUGAAUAAAUUUAUUCGCCCUGUUGUUGUUAAUACGGAAGUUAGCCAUCAUUAUGAUAUAAUGAAUAUAUCGAAUACAUCAACAACAACAACAACAACAACAACACCAAUCACAUCUCAAUCAGCUAUUUCCUCAACUCUUCUUAUGCUAUUGACACAGUCAUCAACUGAUAUUUCGACAUCGACAACUAUAACAACAAUGAACGAUUUAUCGUCCCCAAAUAAAUUUUGUCCAUUCGAUCGUUGGGAUAUUGGAUGUAAAAAUAUCUGUAAGCCAUGUGGUCUCGGUAUAUGUCAUCCAAUUACAGGCAAAUGUAUCUGUCCAGCAAAUAUGUAUGGGGAAUUCUGCGAUUUAUGGAAAGUCGAGGACAAACCAAAGCGAGGCGAUAUGAUGAGUUGA